AUGAUUCUACCGGAAGAGAUUCAGGUAAAUAUCUUUUUAAGAUUACCAGUGAAUUCCAUUUUAGCAUGUAGAUGUGUAUGCAAGCCCUUGCGUGUUCUACUUAGUAAACCUGAAUUUAUCAAGAGUCACCUUAAUCGUUCUAUUCAAAAGAGUAACCCUAGGCUCAUGGUAGAUCAUUUCCGGCACCAAGAACCUUCUAAAAACAGAACCCUUCACUCUAUUGACUAUGAAUCAAUGUCUUCAUUAUCAUUAACAUCAACACAACAGUCGGUAUUUGAUUGUGGAGGAGCCGUUGUGAUGAAUUUCCCCUUUGAAGCUGAGGCAAGCCUUGCAUGGACCAAAAAAAGGGAAAAAGCGGAAACUAUUGUAGUUGAUAUUUGGGGUUCCUGUAAUGGCCUGAUUUGCUUAGGCAUCCGCCUGUCUCCUGAAAUGGAGGAGGAGGAGGAUAUUGUCUGUAUAUGGAACCCUGCAACUAAAGAAUAUAAGAAAAUAUCAUUACCCAUAUGUGAUGGUUAUUACAGUAUAAGGUAUGGGUUUGGUUACGAUAACAGUAUUGACAAUUACCAGUUGGUGUCAGUUACGGAUUAUGAAUAUGCUGGCUCUUUCGAGAUUAAAGUUUAUACAUUGGGUUCAGAUUCAUGGAGUACAAUUCGGACCCCCGUCCCUUACUCGUUUCCUGUUGAUAUAACUCACGGUUUACUUUUCAAGGGAGCUCUUCAUUGGUUAGGCACUACCACUGAUCAAAAAUCUUCGGCUGAAGUUAUAGUUUCUUUUGAUGUCAGUAGUAAGAGACUCCUGGGUUUGAGUUUUCCUGAAAGAAGUCUUGAUUAUGGAGUGAGAGAAUUUUGGACCAAGCAAUUCACGUGUACCCAGCUGUCAUUGACCCGACGAUUAUUGUGUAAGCCGAUAUGGUGUCUGGAAAGUGGCGAGAUUCUAAUACAAACGGACCAGGAUUUAGUUUUAUAUGAUCAGAGGAAUAAUACAACUAGAAAUGUUCGCAUCUGUGAUGAUACUAUGGGAAGUAAUCUAGUGACUUAUGUGGAGAGCAUAGAUUCUCUUAAAUCGGGUACGUAUGUGGAGAUGCCUAGGUCAAGGAGAACCAAGAUGAAGGGUGCUGCUAGGUCAAGGAAAACCAUGACGAGGCGUGCUACAAGACAUUAA